AAAAAUGCUAAGAAAAUAUUAAAAAAUAAAUAAAAAUUAAAGAGUUUUGUCAAAAUUAAAUGAAAAGAACAAGUUUGUUUCAGAAACUGAUCACAACUUUUGUUUAUCUUUUUUUCUAUAUAAGAAAAGUAGGUUUAGAUAUAGAUAUCUAGGUUAUAUGUCUCCUACCUUCAGUACUAAACAAGCCAAGCUACUGGAGAAGUAGAAACUACAAAAAACACUAAAAAACUUCCUUUUUCCUAAGGAUGUUCGAUGAAAAAGAGGUGGCCGCAUUCAAGUUGGUUAUUAUUGGAGAUGGGAGAAUGGGCAAAAGUACAUUUGUCAAGCGGCAUCUGACUGGAGUUUUCGAUCGUAGAUAUAGAUUAACACUGGGUGUGGAUGUUCUCCCACUAUAUUUUCACACUAAUCGAGGUUUAUUUCGCUUCAAUGUCUGGGAUACCGGUGGUCUGAUGUUCUGUGGAGGUCUACGCGAUGGUUACUAUAUUAAGGCGGACUGUGCCUAUAAGAAUGUGAAAAUGUGGCAUAGCGAAUUGGUACGAACAUGCGGUAAAAUUCCAAUCGGCAAUAAGUUGGAUAAAAAACAUCGUGAAGUAAAACGAUCGGAGAUUCGUUGUCAUUUGGAGAAUAAUCGAAGCUAUUUGGAAACUUCGGUAAAAUCAGACUACAAUUUCUCGAAGACCUUUGUCCUGCUGUUGCGCAAAUUGAUCGGUGAUCCCAAAUUGGAAAUGAAGAUCUUUCACGCCCCAAGGCCUCCAAAAGUGAUUUUCACCGAAGAACAGCGGCUCCAAUUAAAAAAGGAUCUGGUGAAGACCAUACCCGUUCGGUUUUUAUUAUAUGAUGGCUGGUAAAUUUAUUGUUUAUUUUUCUUUUUAAAAUUUAUCCGUUUGACGGCAUUUUGACUAUUUACGGUCAUAAGAAAACCUUCUUAGGCCAAGAACUUAAAUUUAGAGUAUUUUUAGGACCGAUCUUUAGAACAUUCUUGAAGCAAUUCAUAGUUUUAUUCCUCCACUUUCUGGCCCCUGAUCUUGCUGCCUAUACUCCAAGGAUCAAUAAGGAUUUCUAUCGGACAUCUUUCGUAAGCUUACGAGGUCCUACGACGUGUUAUGUGCCCUACAUCCAUCCCCUGAAGCUCAGAUGGAGUUCUGAUCCUGCAAGUGACCAAGAAAGCUCUCUCAUAUGGGUUGACUACCAUCCCAAAGUUGAUUUUUAUACAUUUAAUAUAUUUUUCAUUAAAUUCCCUGUAUUGCUCAGCUGCAUAGCAAAGGAUUCUGUCCAAUAUUUGGGGCUCCAAAAAUAAACCACUCCGCCCUUUGAGAUUUUCUUACAAAACCCUCAGCAUCUGUCUGUCUCACUUCUGUUCUUCACUUCUAUCUCCUUUACUCCCCAUACUCAUGCCAUUGCACAUAAGCGCUUAAUGAGUAUAAAUGAGCUUGAUUGCAUAUUCCAAGGCGCUGCCUGUGCGUCUGUGUGUGUGUGUGAGCUGUUUUUUAAUAGCCUGCAUAUGGCGUUGUAA